UAGUGUUUCUUCCAAUGAAACAUUUUAACUGAUAUUUGGAUAUGACGACGACGACUUCCGCUUACGUUUCACCCCGCCGUUCGAUUCGAAAAUUUACGCUUAAAGCGGCUCUCUCUUUUUUGCUCUUGUGAAUUUGUGAGAGAAGAGACGAAAAGGGUAGAGGAAUGGCGAAGAAACUAAGCGGGAAGACGACCAUGGAUGACGUAGAUCGAUUGUUUCAGUGUUUCAAGUGUGGAAUCUCUCCUCCUGCCUCUGCUAUGAGAGAAAAGAAACGGAGCAAAAAGAUGUCGAAUCCCGAUAACAACACUCCUCCUGGGACCCGUAAGAGCUUGCAGACAACUUCUUUGUCUGGAAAAAGAAACCAGAUUGAUGCAAGUCCCAGUCUUGACUCCCUUUCUGGUUCCAGUAAUGUAAAGAAGACUAUUGGGAGACUGUUCUCACCAGUUGUAUUCUACGGCUCUCCCAAUGGCGUUCCUCCCAAGAGGCCCUUGAGUUUGUUAAGGCUGUUGCGCGAGAUACGUAUUGAUCUCACUGAAGAAAGGAAAGCAAUCUCCAGGUAUAUGUUUGAAGUUUUUAAAAUUCAUCUUUCUACACUUCAUUAG